ACAGCCAAUACACACUUCAUAUCUCGAUACAUUUUCAUUUCGAGGCACAGAGGGCGUCUAUAAGCCUCCUAGGUUGUUAAUUUCAAAUACAAACUAAAGCGGUUUAUCCAGUUCACCCCGGCUCUGUGUGGCAGGUAGCCUGCUGAGGAAUGGGAGGGUGUCUCGUGAGUUAGGGAGGCUACACGGAAGUAGAAUUACAGCGCGUGUCGCUGUACUUUAAUGACAGGAGGCUUCGUGUGUCUGUUGACUCACAUCUGGUCCACCAAACAUGGCUCCAAAAGACCCUCUACUUGGCACUCUCAAAGUGUGUGUCCUGAACCUGCAGUCCAGUGGAGGGACUGUGUCAAACACAAACCCUCACCUCGCCUCCUGCUGUGAGCUUCUGGAGCUGGUCCUCAGGAAGGGGCUCCAACAACCAGUUCUCAGUCUGGUACACAGAGACUACUGGCAGUGUUUUGAACAGCUCACUCGCCAAGAUGCCUGUGGCAGGCUGUCUGCCUUGUCCUUGGUGGUGGAGCAGACCAGAGUGUGCAAGAAGCUGCUCUCAGCUCAGGGCCGGGGCCGCUACCUGCUCAGACUGGCCCUCGUCCGCAAGGCUCUGCCACAGUUCAUCACACACCUGCUGCACACACCCAGAGUCCUGGAGUGGUACAGCCCGGAAGUGUCAAUCCUCAGGAAUGAGCAAUUUAUGGAGCCUUUCAUGUCACUGCUGCUGGUCCUCUCUCACAUGGACUUCAAACUGGACAUGGAGAAUUGCAGUUUUCUGGAUGAGAGCUGGCUCCUACCGGUGUGUGAGACAUAUGAAGUGGUGCCCUGUCGGGAGGUGGGGAUGGUUUUGAGGUAUCUCAGUGGGCGCGUCUUCGUCCUUGACCUGAUGCCCGGCAGUCAGGCUCACGUCGACAUGUUUAUCUCCCCUGGUGACAUCAUUGAUGAGAUCAACGGCACCUCGCUGAGGAAUUCCAAGAAUAAACAGGCAGGUGUUGUUUUUUCCCGGCUGAAGGGCUGCCCCAUCUCCAUUGGUGUUCUGCGGUGGCGGGCUCAGGAUGGGACAGUGUACCGGCCCCUUGUCAAGCUCCUGCGGGCCCUGAGGACGGAGAACCCCGCCAUGCAGCUCGGUCCUGCUCCCUCCCAGCAGUCACCCCCCAAGGAUCAGAGAACCUCUCCAUCACAGUGUCCCAAAGAGAGAAGGAUUGUGUACAUUGUGCAGUUCUUGGGAAAAGCAAACAUUGGAAUGCGUGGGGGCAAAGAGGUGCUGCAGCUCGCCAUUACACAAGUGUUGCAGAAAAACCUGCCCAGCAAGGACGUGGUCUUAGAUAUGAGGGAAACACAUUUGACGUGCACAGACACAAACAGUAAAUUGGAGCUGUUUGAGCACCACUACCCAGAGAUUUCAUGUGUAGGGAGAUUUGGUCAACUGGACUACACAAUAUUUGCAUUCUGCAUGGCAAACUCCCCAGAGACCCCUCAGUCCACAGGCUUCUGCUGCAUCGCAUUCAGAGCAAGCAGCACAAAGGAGUGUGAGGAGAUAGUCUACCGUAUUGGUGAGGAACAGCAGCUGUGCAUUCUACAGAGGCAAAUUGUUACCUACAUUUUAAUAGACAUUGAAUUGUAUGCUCAUGUGUUUUCUUACAGCUACUGGCUUCAAGCAUACAGAGUGGUUUGUAUGACAACUCAGUGACAUCAAACUCUUGUAUUCUGUCUGGUUGUAAAUAAAUGUAAAGUUUAUGUAAACAGUAAAUCACCAACUUAUUUCCACAAAUUCAUUUCAAUGAACUACAGCACACAAGGCUUUCUACUCAUAAAGACCUUUAAUAGAAAGACACGCGACAACAUUUUCAUAAAUAGUAUUAAAUGUAGCUGCCAAGGUUUAUGUUGAAAAACAUGUAAAAAGAAGUCCAGAAAAAUACAGGAGGGGGGGCCAUGCUCCCAGUCACAGAGUGUAGAGUAUCAACAGAUACCAACACUGCAGUGAGACUGGCUGAGCAGGACGUGCUGGCAUUUUGUGACGAGUGGUAGGCGGGUGAAGAGACCCUGGACCCCCCAAAGAAGAUGCGAAGAAUUUAUCCCUUAGACAACUCCCAUCCCAAGGUGGAGCCUGAUGUCCACAAUGAGCUCGAAGGGUGAUGCGAUGGCUGGAGUAAUGACCCAAUGAAUGGAAUACUCGGCAAGACACUCUUAACUGCACAACAUUUCCAACUAUCUUAAGGGUACCCGGGCUUGUGGAAUGAUUGAUCUUGAUCUAAAAUACAAAAAAUCCAAAGAAAACUUGUAAAAAAUACCCAAGAAAUAAAAUGUCCACAAAAAUGGUACGAUAAAUAGGAUAAUUUGCCGCUUAGGCCCUCUCUCCUCUUAUCCUACGAGCCAGCUGGAUGUCUUUGGGCAUGAUGGUGACACGUUUGGCGUGGAUGGCGCACAGGUUCGUGUCCUCAAACAGACCCACCAGAUAAGCCUCGCUGGCUUCCUGUUGAAAGGGAAAGGAAAAGGAGAUUAGAUUCAUAGCAACUACCUUUGCCCCACUAGUACAUGCUUAUGACUGAUCUGGGUUUUUACCUGAAGAGCUCCGAUAGCUGCGCUCUGGAAACGCAGAUCUGUCUUGAAAUCCUGUGCAAUUUCUCUCACCAGACGCUGGAAGGGCAGCUUGCGGAUGAGCAACUCUGUGGACUUCUGGUAACGACGGAUCUCCCUCAGAGCCACAGUUCCAGGUCUACACAAAAGAUUUUAGCACAGUAUUAACAAUAAGUAUUAGCACCAAUUUAGUCAAAUAUGACAAACAAGACAAAUGGAAACCAAGAUUGUAUGUCACACAUGGUUUAUGGCGUGCCGUCACUACACCCUACCUGUAACGAUGGGGCUUCUUCACUCCUCCCGUGGACGGUGCGCUCUUCCUGGCUGCCUUGGUAGCGAGCUGCUUCCUUGGCGCCUUUCCUCCAGUAGAUUUACGAGCAGUCUGCUUGGUACGUGCCAUCUCGUGCUUGCUAAAAAUGAAAAUUAUAACCAGUGGAAUUAAAAUCGGUCGCAGUGAUUUUCGGCAACAUGCUCACGCAGCAGCACCAAGCCGCAAGGGUUCGGUAUUGAGUACCAAGCUAAGACGCUAACCCGCCUAGCAUACAGGCUAAUAGUUCCCCUCCCCCCAGGUUGCACCACUGGGAGGCGUCGUGUUUGCUCCGGUAACGUUACGCUCUACCGACAUAAUCAGCGCAACGGUAAAGUAAGGCCUUAAUAAAAGCACAAUAAACAUUUCAGCGUUGAGCACUUUUUUUUGGCAAUCGGCGCCGUGGUCAUUUAAGUUACAAUGAUCUCACGUAUUCAGACGCCAUCAGCGUCAAAACUCUCGGUCCUUGAAACGUUUAACAGCUCAAGCCAGUGAGCCUGAGCUUCUCGGCCUCGCCAUUUUAUACGUUUCUCAUUUCACCCUGAGGCGACAUUGCAUCAGUUCAGCGCAACAUUAGCACACACACAAUUAACGCUUCAUCAGCUGUCUCUGUAGGAAAUACCCGGCUUCGAUCUCGACGGUUUAUUCUAGUAAUUAAACUCGUGAACUAGGUCUAGUUUCGUUUUAACGAGCCAACGUUGACAUUCAAGUCCAAAACAUGAACUGUAAGAUAAUCCAUUGUUCUAUUUGGAGCUAACGCUAACGUUAGCAUGUCGCCAUGUUGGCCUGUUUCACAAACAAUGCCUGUAAACACAAACUUAAACCGCAAACACAAUUCACAUUAUUAUUGACAAGUAGCUCGCGUAACGUUACAUUAUCGACAGGGUAAGCCUGAUAUUUACCUUUAGGACGUCGGUCGAUAUGAGACAGUUGCGGUUAGUGGCCGUUAAACAAUAUGUGACGAGAGCGGGCUGAGGUCGAGUAUAAGUACUGUGUCGUGACGUCAUGGUGGUGAAACACUACGCCCUCAUUGGUUCACAUA